UACCAUAGGUUCGCUUACUUGUAGCCAUAGCUCGGAAUCUUCUUCCUUUAAUAGUAGUCUUGCCCCCUAAUCAUUCGUUGCUAGUUCACUGCAACUUUCUCCUUGCUUUAGUUCUUGUAUCAACGAGUCCACGUGCUUCGAUAGCAACUAUAUACGUACAUUAACUCUUUGAAGAGAAGCUCUUUGUUCCGAGGCCCCCCGCACACCACAUCGAAGAGUCUUAACAUCGUAUAUCACCACUAGAUCCUGUUCCUGUUCCUGUAGUAUAGUUGACCUGCUUUGCCCAUCAUGGCGUCAAACAACAUGAUCAACCCGGCCGUGGACCCGAACAUCGAGGACGAGCUGUUCCUACAAGAAAUUGAGGCUGUCAAGAAGUGGUGGAGCGAUCCGAGAUGGAGAUACACGAGGCGACCUUUCACAGCCGAGCAAAUUGUUUCCAAGAGAGGUCAUCUUAAGAUUGACUACCCGAGCAACGCACAGUCUAAGAAGUUGUGGAAGAUCCUCGAGGGUCGCUUCCAGAAUCAUGAUGCCAGUUACACAUACGGCUGCUUAGAACCUACAAUGGUCACGCAAAUGGCCAAGUAUCUAGAUACCGUCUACGUCUCGGGUUGGCAGUCAUCAUCAACAGCCUCGUCAUCCGACGAGCCUGGGCCUGAUCUAGCAGAUUACCCUUACACCACCGUCCCAAAUAAAGUCAAGCACCUCUUCAUGGCACAGCUAUUUCACGACCGCAAACAGCGACAAGAACGCUUAAGCGCACCUAAAGCCGAGCGCGCGAAGCUAGCAAAUAUCGACUACUUACGACCCAUCAUUGCUGAUGCUGACACAGGUCAUGGUGGACUAACGGCCGUCAUGAAGCUAACGAAGCUGUUCAUCGAGCAGGGCGCCGCCGGCAUUCAUAUCGAAGAUCAGGCGCCCGGCACCAAGAAGUGCGGACAUAUGGCAGGCAAGGUCCUUGUGCCCAUCAGCGAGCAUAUCAACCGUCUAGUCGCGAUCCGCGCGCAAGCCGACAUCAUGGGCACGGAUUUAGUAGCCAUCGCGCGCACAGACGCCGAAGCCGCGACGCUCAUCACCACGAGCAUCGACCCGCGGGACCACCCGUUCAUCCUCGGGAACACGAAUCCGCAGCUGCAGCCCCUGAACGACCUGAUGAUCGCCGCGGAGCGCGCGGGCAAGACGGGCGAGCAACUACAGGCUAUCGAGGACGCGUGGCUGAAGCAAGCCAACCUGCGGCGCUUCGACGAGGCCGUUACCGACACGAUUAACUCGGCACCCUCGCUGACGAACAAAAAGGAUCUGGUCAACAAGUAUCUGGAACAGGUCAAGGGCAAGAGCCUGUUGGAGGCGCGCGCCAUUGCACACGGGAUCACGGGCGUGGAUAUCUACUUCGACUGGGACGCGCCGCGCACGAGGGAGGGUUUCUAUCGUCUCAAGGGCGGGUGCGAUUGUGCGAUCAACCGUGCGAUUGCGUAUGCGCCGUACUGCGAUGCGAUUUGGAUGGAGAGCAAGCUGCCGGAUUACAAGCAGGCGGAAGAGUUUGCCGCUGGCGUACACGCCGUAUGGCCGGAGCAGAAACUUGCAUACAACCUCUCCCCGUCCUUCAACUGGAAGACGGCGAUGCCGCGCGACGACCAAGAAACAUACAUCCGACGGCUGGCGAAGCUAGGGUACUGCUGGCAGUUUAUCACGCUGGCGGGUCUGCACACGACGGCGCUCAUCAGCGACCGCUUCGCGCGGGCGUACGCGGCUAACGGCAUGCGGGCGUACGGCGAGCUGGUCCAGGAGCCCGAGAUGGAGGGCGGCGUCGACGUCGUCAAGCACCAGAAGUGGAGCGGCGCGGCGUACGUCGACGAGCUGCAGAAGAUGGUUACGGGGGGCGUGAGCAGCACUGCUGCGAUGGGCAAGGGGGUUACGGAGGAUCAGUUCCAUUAGGUGGUCGUGGGGGCCUAAGCAAGGGGUGGAUAUGUAUACAUACCUAAGAGUCUGUGGGGGGUUUAACUAGGGCGGAGAGGCGUGUUGUUGAAAAUCACGGCAUUAAAUAAGUAUAGCAUAUAAUAGUUUGCUACGAUGGGAUGUUGGCGGCUUAGUUUGGGACGUUUAAUCGAAUUGGAUAUGAAUACUGUAUUACGUGUCCUCUCCUUUGGAUAAGUCUUUUGCCUCAAGGCCAGAAGUGUAUUUUUCCGGAAGGGAGUCACCUAAUAUUUGUAAAUCAUACCUCUUUUAGGUGGACGGCCGUUGUGUCGUGGUUUGAAUUUUGAAUGAGUGGUAUUAACGUAAAAGAGCUAUCAUCCCUACCCCUUGCGUUGGAAAAGUGAUGUCGGAUUCUCGGGCCUGACAGGGCUGAUGAUAAUUAAGAAAGAAACGACUGUACCCCAUUAUAAUAAUUACGACGGGGUAUUUAGACAUUUUACCCAAGACAAUGU